GUUUUUCUACUCCAUCGGUGUUCACAUUUCUAGAAACAACCCAAGAAUUCCGCUGCACAACAUUGUACUUCAGGUGGUAGUCUCCAUCCCACGGCUGAACUCACGCAUUAAACCAAACGAACAUCCGUCACGUCAGAAAUGUGAUUGGUUCCCAGACGUUACAUAACAAUUUGGAUCAGCACCAGACUACACUGACUUUUAGGCACUUUCCGAAAAGAGUCAAUUGGAGCUUUUUUCUCCCUUUUUGGCUCAUUAACGUGCGGGAGUUGACAAUAUCUAGAACAUGUAAAUCAUAAAUUAGAUUUAUAUCCGUCGGACAGUGUAAACACGAAGUGAACACGUAAGGUGCGUCGCGAAAGGAAAACUUUUGACGCUUAUUGUCCCGAGGCCUAUUUAGGAAAACUGAGCUCGGAGGUCCCACUGCACCAUUGCACUCUGAUAACACUCUCGAAGUAAACAGCUGUCGGAUUUACUCUGCCUAUAUCGAGAUGGCUUCCAAACAUGCUUUGGGUGUCAUCCUCCCAACUUUACUCGUUUUCACGGCUUCUUUGCACGCUGGAUGGGCACAAACCGUUAUUACAAAUACCACGUUAGGCCCUGUCAUGGGGAUAAAAGUACCGUACCUCCCUUGGACGGAACAACUUGUAACGCGAUACACAGGCAUACCGUACGCUGAGCCACCGAUUGGGCAGCUGCGCUUCGCCAAGCCCGUACCGAAAACUCCGUGGGACGACGUGUUCAACGCCACUGUGUUUGGGCCAAGCUGCCCCCAACCUGCCUCGAAUUCAACGUUGACUUCUUUUCUCCCAAAUGACGAGAUUGAUGAAGACUGUCUGCUUCUGAACGUGUACGUUCCUCAUGAUGCCGUGGCUUUAUCUGGGCCUCUUUCCGUCAUGGUUUUCAUUCACGGUGGAGGUUUAGUCUUUGGACAAGGUAUGUACUAUGAUGGCACACUCUUGGCCCUACAAGGACAGGUUAUCAUGGUUAACUUCAACUAUCGACUCGGAAUUUUCGGCUUCUUCAGCACCGGAGAUGACUCAGCACCUGGGAACUACGGACUGUGGGACCAACGUCUCGCUCUCCAGUGGGUCAAAGACAACAUCGCCAACUUUGGUGGUGAUCCAGACCAAAUCACCAUCUUUGGUGAGUCGGCAGGAGGAUGGAGCGUGACCUUACAAAUGAUUUCACCUCUAAACAGUAACAAUCUUUUUCAGCGGGUAAUUGCCGAGAGUGGAGUGGUGUUCCCUAACCUGAUGAUCCCGGCUGAUGUAGCUCGGCUUCAGGCAUUUGGGUUGGCGUCAGCGCUUAAGUGUAACCCCACAACCGACAGUUCAUCCCGUAGCAUAAUCCAAUGCCUCCGGAAUGUUAGUAUGGAAACCCUACUUAUUUACACUUUCGCUGCAUCAACGUCCCCAAUUAUCGAUGGGGACUUCUUUCCCACCGAUAUAACCUCCCUCCUGACUCAUCCUCGGAUUGGACAAUACGAUCUCAUCAUGGGGUUCAACGACCAAGAUGGAAGCGUUUUAAUUGGAAGUGUAGACACAGAUGGUUAUACGGCCGAAGAGUUUAGGGCAGCUACAGGAUAUUUCAUGCAACUGUGUCAGUGUAAAACUUCACAUGAAAUCACCAACGCAGUCUUUGCCUACUACUUCGGUGCAGACAAGCUGGACGACCCCAUGCAAAAUGUGGUGAGAUACCUGGAUGUGACCGGUGAUGUUUACUUUGACGUGGCCAGCAUCAAUUUCCUAACUCGACACGCUCAAGCUGCGGCCAACACAAGCACAUAUUUUUACCAUUUCACCUACGAAACUGGCAGGGAGCUCUUUCUCCCGCCAGAGUGGUUGGAUGUGAUCUCUGGGGCACCACAUGCCUUAGAAAUCUUCUACGUCUUUGGUUUCAUUACCGCUGUUUAUCCGAAUGACACGGAGGCGGCUCUCCUGUCCAACAGAACGAUAGAGUACUGGACCCAAUUUGCUCGCUACGGAAAUCCUAACGGAGCCAGUUUACCAGAGUGGCCAAAAUUCGAAACCGAAAACAAAACGUACAUCCUUCUUGACGCUGACAUUAAAACAGGGCAUGGCUUCAAAUCAGACAGAGUAGCCUUUUGGAACGACUACAUCCCAACUAUUACUGACCCGACUUAUGAGAAAACUUGUACUUACGAAUUACCUAUCAGAAGUGGCACCGUGCAAAAACCGGGAACAAAGACGGUGCAGAUAGAAAGCAAAGACGGUGAAGUGCUGGGAUCUGUCAUCGGUACUCUGGAGAUCGCUGACAAGGCAAUGGGAGGGCGCGAAGUUGCCGAGUUCCUGGGCAUUCCUUACGCAAAACCGCCCCUUGGUGAUUUGCGAUUCAAACCACCUGAAGAUACAGGACCGUGGGGUGAUCAACCACUCGGUAUCCCAGAGAAGCUACCACCUGCCUGUCCUCAAGAUGUCACACUGGAUCCUUGGAUGGUUCGUCUUGGGUUCAAUCAAACAAGUGAAGAUUGUCUGACUCUAAACAUUUACACCCCAAUUCAAGACUCCGGCAACCCUGCUUUGCCUGUCCUCGUUUUCAUUCACAGUGGGGAUGGGAUUAGCGGCACAUCUUCAGUCUAUGAUGCGACUCUUCUGGCAUCUCAGGUUGAAGCUGUUGUUGUAGUUAUAAACUAUCGUUUAGGAGCUCUUGGAUUCCUGUCAACAGAAGAUAAAGUAGCUCCAGGUAAUUAUGGACUGCGUGACAUCGUAGCUGCUCUCAAAUGGGUCAACAAGUACAUCGGGAGCUUUGGAGGUGAUCCUGAACAGGUAACCCUCCAAGGUCAUGGAUCGGGUGCUGUACUUACCCACUUUCUCGUCCUAUCUGAGAAGGCAAAGGGCCUUUUUAACAAAGUUAUUCUGAUGAGUGCAACUGCUAUAUCCCCGUCUGUCAAUAAUCCAGUCCUUCCAGUGGCCUCCGAAGCAGCCCAGGCUCUUGCCAUCAAACUUGAAUGCCCAACUACAAGCACUGAAUUGAUAGAAUGCCUGCGUGAAAAGCCAGUGGCAGAUAUCAUCUCCAGUGUCGUAAAUCCGUCAUUUGGCCUUGAGUUUCCGCCUGUUGUUGACGGUGAUCUCAUCACCGACAAACCCCUGGAGCUGCUGAAAGCCGGCAGAAUUAAUGAUGUUGACGUGAUCGUUGGAUUAGCGAAGGACCAAGAUGCUGCACAGGCAUUUAUGAUGACCAGCCUCGAUUGUCCAAGUGUUGAGGAAGUUGAGCAGUACAUAGAGAAAGUCAGCAAACAUUCUUUCAACAAUCCUGAUGAAGCAGCUUUCACUCUAAACACUGAAUAUAUCGGGAAGGGUGGUUUAGGUGACGAUUGCGAGACAAGGGGUAGUUUCAGACAGUUCAUGAAUGACUACUUGUCAUACUGGAGCACAUUGGAAGCUGCCAGGCUCCACGCUAAUGCUGGUCAUUCAGUCUACUUCUACUCGUUUGAUCUCAAACCACUUGCUCAUUAUAAAGGACCGCUUCCACCUCAGGCUGGGCCAGCUUUUGCUGAUGAUCUGCAAUUCUUGUUCGGAGAUCCAUACAGUCCUCUCGUUGAUAAACUCCAGCUAUCAUACAGACUAGAAGAUAAACAGUCUACCCUGGAGCUGAUGGAAUUCUUGAAAAAAUUUUUACACACCGGAGUUCCGGGGACUUCAGCUUCUGGCGUGGAGUGGCCAUCAUUCGAUUCAGACAACCUCAAGUACAUGUCGCUAACUGACUGUCCCCAAGCCUUCUCGGGCGUUGACAACGAUUGGCCACAUCUUCUCCGGUUCUGGGCAAGUUACCUACCGUCCAUCACGGCACCUGUGCCCCCACCUCCUGAGGUGACUCCCUGCCCACCAGAUCAAGAGCCCUGCACCGUCGGUGAGAGUAUCGGUUUAAAGCUCACUCCAGAGGAGGCUAGCACCAUCAUCCAAGCUCUGAUAGGAACGACAGUAGGAGCUCUGGUUUUGUCUGUCUUCUUCCUAGGGGGGUGUGUGGCAUAUAAGACACGGGCGAAUCAAGCAGAGAAGCAAAACGCUCGGAAGAAAGCUAAUAAAGAUCUAAUAUACACAGAAUCCAAGGAAGACGAAAACACUUUUGAAUUUUGAACUGUUAUAAUUAAUCGAUCUUUUUCAUAUACUUUCAUUAGUCCACAGUUGUUAAGCUAGGUAAGAAAUACAUGUAUAAUAGUAGAGACCGCUAAAAUCCACGCACACCUAAUAAAUGCUUGGUCUCUGGAGUAGACGAACCUUCAA